CUUCACUAUUCUCCAUUUCUAAAUCUCCCUCCCCCACCCGCCAUCUCUGACUCCUCUCUCCCUUCCCUCUGAACAAGAACAAGGACAGCAAGAAGACGAGACCUCUCUUGCAGUCAAUAAUCCCAUACUCACCUAGCUAGGCAGUAGAGUCUUUUUUCCAGGGAUAAAAAAGAGCAGAGAAUUGUGAGUCCCUCUGUCUGAAAAUCUGAACGACCCCCACACAUCAGUCACUGUUCGUCUGCCGGUGCAAGACACGAUCCGGGGCCGGGGCCACCACCGCAGCGGCGGCGGCGAUCUUUUCUCUCCGUCACCGCCGAUCAGGGAGAGAAGAGCGGCGGAUCAAGGCAAGAUUUGCAGGCGUCUUCGAGCCCAGGGCAGGGCAGAGAGAUGGUUCCCAACGCCGCGAGCCGCGGCGGCGAGAUCGUGGAGGUCGUCGUAGGCGAGCCGGCCUCGCCAUCGGCCGCAAUGCGGCUCAUGGACUUCAUCCCCAUCUACAUUCCCACGGUGGAGAAGGGAGCGCUGAGCAGGGGCGCGCGCAAGACGCGGUUCCUGGACUUCCUCCGCGCGCGCCCGUCCAAGGAGUGGUUCCUCCGGUCCACCUUCGUGGGACGCCUCCGCUGCAGGAGCCAGGUCACGGCCCGGGAAGACGAAGACGGCCGGGACUCCGACGGUAACGCCGGCGGGUGCCGGCCGCGGAGGCGGCGGAGGCGGUUCCGCGUGCCGUUCGUGCGGAAGAUCAGGUGGGGCAAGCUGUGGACUCACGCGGUGAGCUGGUGCAGGCGGCCGGCCAACUUCGCGAUGAUCAUCUGGUUGGCGUUCGUCGCGGCGGGGCUGCUGCUGCUGUUCCUGCUCAUGACGGGGUUUCUCGACGACGCCAUCCCGGAGGACGACCGGCGCAAGAAGUGGACGGAGGUGAUCAACCAGAUCCUCAACGCGCUCUUCACCAUCAUGUGCCUGUACCAGCACCCCAGGAUCUUCCACCACCUGGUGCUGCUCCUCCGGUGGCGCCCCGACGGCGACCGCGAGGCCAUCCGCAAGGUGUACUGCAAGGAGGGAGCCCCAGUGCCGCCGCGCGACCGCGCCCACAUGCUGGUCGUGGUGGCGCUGCUGCACAUCACCUGCCUGGCCCAGUACUUCUGCUGCGCUCUCUUCUGGAGCUACUCGCGCACCGACCGGCCCAACUGGGCUCUCAACAUCGGCUACGGCUUCGGCACGGGGCUCCCCGUCAUCGCCGCCCUCUACCUGGCCUACAGCCCGCUGGGCCGGAAGCAGGCACGCGACCCCGACGCGGAGCCGUCGUCGUCGGGCGAGGAGGCGAGCGGUCACGGCACGGCGCCGGAGAACGACGGCCGCGGCGUGUCGAUCAGGAUAUACAACCGGUCGGUGGUGGUGAGCAGGCCGGAGUGGAGCGGCGGGCUGUGCGACUGCUGCGACGACGGGACGGUGUGCGCGCUGUCGGCGACCUGCACCUUCUGCGUCUUCGGGUGGAACAUGGAGCGCCUCGGGUUCGGCAACAUGUACGUGCACGCCUUCACCUUCAUCCUGCUCUGCGUCGCGCCCCUCCUCAUCUUCAGCGUCACGGCGCUCAACGUCUACGACGACGACAUCCGCGACGCCGUCGUGGCCGUGGGCGUGCUCCUCUGCUUCUGCGGCUUCCUCUACGGCGGCUACUGGCGGACGCAGAUGCGGAAGCGGUACAAGCUGCCGGCAGCAGGCGGCGGGCGGCGGGCCGCGGUGGGCGACUGCGCCAAGUGGCUCUUCUGCUGGAGCUGCGCGCUCGCGCAGGAGGUGCGGACGGCUAACUUCUACGACUUCGACGACGAUCGCUUCGUCGGCCACGGGGCGCGCAACGAGGAGGGCCGCGCCGUGCUGGUGCCGCUGCCGCGGGAGGCGUCCACGUCGACGCACUCCCGGAGCCUGUCGUGCCCGCCCAAGAUUUACGCCAUGGCAGCACUGAGCGGCGCCGGCACGAGCACACUGGAUGAGCAGAUGGUCGACAUCGCGAUGGGGAGGUCGGCCACGUACAAUGCCAUGAGCCCGCCUUUGCCGCCGAUGAUACAAAUGGACAGGGAAGUGUAGUUGCGAUUGCAACUAGCUUUGCUCCAUCAGUUCGCCAUGACUGCUAUAUGUGGACGUGUGUGCAGAUGAGCUCUCCGUGUGCUGUUGCUCGAUGAUCUCAUGCUAUAUGCGCGUUUGGCUGCGCCCAACUUAAAACCUGAACACCAUAAACGCAAAAAGGGCAGUGCUAUACAUAAAGAUUCCUUAUGGGAACAUAAAGUUUUAUUA